AUGCGCCUUUUCGGGUGCAACAGAACAGUCCUGUGCCGACACUGGAAAAGUGCUUCAGACACCACGAGCGGUCGCGCUAGUAAAAAGGCGGCAGACGGCUCGAUGGUGGAAGUUCAAGCUGGAGAUUCGCACUUGCCAUCGAGCACAAAGUCGCCAUUGCGCUGCGGCAGUGGGAACGCCAAGCACACGCGAUCAAGCGCUUAG